AAGGUUCAGGAGACAAAAUCAGCUACAAUUAUUAAACCUGAUCUUACUUCUUUGUGGGCAAGGAAAGCCUCACGUUGCUGAUUUCUUAUGUCCUAACCAAAAGGAUUUUUUAAAGAGGAGAAAACCGGAAUCCGAAAAUGCCGUCCAAGAAAAAGGCGUUAUUAUUUUUAUCUGGUUUUGUGGCCAGCAUUGGAUCUUUUGCCAUUAUUUGUACCUGCUUAGCAACAAAUGAAUGGGUAUCGAGUGAGGUUGAUUUCAGGAUAAAUAAUGCAACCGGUUUUGUGAGUAUUCAGUAUGGACUCUUCCAAGGAACCCAUUCCAGGACUGCAAUAGAAGGAGCAAUCGGCAAAGAACCGACCCAAUUUAAAGUUCUGGAUUAUGUAAAAGACAGUGCUAAAAUAAUCCAGAUAGUGAUCAUCUUGUUCCUUGUUCUGGGCCUGGUCUGUUCGUUCGCAAGUUCCGUAAUUACAUGUCUGAACAGCGUGAGCAACCCGUACCUGACCUACCUGGGACCCAUUGGAGUUUAUGUCUGGGUGUCAAUAAAUGCUGUCCUCAGCCUGCUCUGUAUGGUUCUGGGCGCUGUCAAUGCUGAAAUAACCGGAAUGCCGAAGCAACUGGCCGUGGCGCUGGAUAAAGCCGGAGAUAAGUUUUAUGAAACACGAUUCACCUACGGAUAUUCCUUCUGGCUAUUAAUCCUCAUUAUGGUUUUCAAUAUCGUCACCAUUGCAGUUAUUUAUGUUUACCAGAAAGCAAGAUACACAAAGCAGAAGGAGCAAGAGAGGCCGAUGGAAAGGGCGACCCAAGACGUUAUUCUCUUUUGAAGGCGGCAAUUUGCUUCACUGCAAGUGACUGAUUAUUUAACUUGCUUUUUGAUCCCCAGCAGAACAUGAAGAUCCCUGGGGGAAGGCUGCCUUGGCCAAUAAAAACUCUACUUUUCCCGAAUCAUUAACCUUCUCAGCCGCUGGAAGAUUAUCCAUGUUUACAGAUUAAAAAGUCACUGUA